AUGAAAAGAGAAGCUUUGGAAUCAAUAACAACAAAAACAACUCGCGUUAAAGAGGAAAAGGAGGAUAAAUCAUCUACUUUAUCAAAUUCUUUAGGUGUUAUUGAUCCUAGUAAUAAUAAUAAUGAUGAAGGAUUGCAACCAGCAUUGAAGAAGGUAAAGACGGAAUCGUCAUCAUCUUCUAAUCAAAUUAAAGGAAAUAUUAGUACUAGUAAUAAUAAUAAUGGAUUAUUAACGAGCACACCAAGUAGAAUUGCCUCUUCUUCAUCAGCAUCAAAUAAUAAUAACAAUUUAAAUAUUAUUAUUAAUACUUCUACUACUAGUAGUACUCCUACAAACAUAAUCAUGACAUCAACUAACAACAACAACAAUACUAACAAUAAUUUAAAGUGGAGCGUGGUCAACUUUACAAAUAAUAACACUAAUAACAAUGCUUCUGCUAGUAGUGCCACCAUCAAUAAUAAUAAUAACAAUAAUAGAAUUAGAAUUGCAUAUAAUCCUGAUGACAUUCAAGUUUAUCUAAUUUGGAGACAUGUUAAUGAUACAAGUGAUGAUACAAAGGAAAGUAAUUGGAAGAAGGUAGAAUCUACUUUUAUUCCUUCAUUCUCUUCAUCAGUUCACAAGCAAUACAUGUCUCAUUUGGAAGAAUUGAACAAAUCGUCAACAGAAUCUAUUCGAAUUGGAGUCAUGUGUAAAAAUAAGACACAUUUAAAUAUUGCCUUAAAGUUUGAAUUGGAUGGAAAGGAUUACGCUUUUAUGAGUACAACACUUAAACCUGGAGAGGAUCGUCUCAUAAGAAGACUCAUUCACAAAGUUACAAAAGCUUCACAAACAGUUCAAGUGAAGAAGAAUCAAGUUGUGGAAAAUUCAUCUGGAGCAACUAGUGAACAGAGUUUAAUUGAAAAAUUGGGAACUAUCAAGAUUAAAGCGUUUAGAAUUCAAGUUGCUUCGGAACAAACAUCAUCAUCUUCUGUUGCUACUGCCCAAAACUCUAUCAAAGCUCCAGAUGUUAAAAUUAAAGAAGGAAUGACCAAAAUGAAGGAUUUAUCUGUUGGUUUUGGAGCUACUACUAAAGCUCCCUCAUUCCAACAAACUGGAUUUGCUUAUAAAGAGGAAAUCAAAGCUUUGGAAUUUGUUUAUCAUACAAGAUUGGGUUACUUGUUUGAAUUGAGAAAGGCUGGUAUUGAUAUUAGUAAUAAGUAA